UGCAUUGUUUUGGAUGUAGUAAUAUGUUGUUCACUAACGAAAUUAGAACGAAUAUAAAGUUGUCUUCGCAAAAAAGAUGAAAGGCCUUAUCGUUCUUUUCAGUUUUUGUGGUUUCAUUUUUGCUACGGAAAAUAAUGUGUGCAUUUCUUUCGGCGAUUAUUACAACGAUAUGGAGAAUAAUCCAAACUGUUACUUUAAUCCAGAAGCUGAUUUAGAUGUGACACGAAUUAUUUCAAGGAAUGGAUAUCCGGUCGAAGCACAUUCAGCUCUGACAGUCGACGAUUUUAUGCUAACGCUUUUCCGAAUUCCCCAUGGGAAAGUACCACGUCAAGGAUAUACUCCAACUCCUGUACUUCUCCAGCCCGGAAUGGGUCUUAAUUCUGUGUCAUAUGUUGAUAGGGGCAACACAUCCUUGGCUUUCCUUCUGGCCGACGCUGGUUUUGACGUAUGGUUGGGAAAUUUUCGGGGUUCGCAAUAUUCCCAAGUUCAUUUGUUUCUCAAGUCUGACUCCAUAGCCUAUUGGAAUUUCAGUUUCCACGAGUUGGGAAUUUACGACAUACCAGCUCAGAUUUCCCUGAUCAAUGAAGUUACUGGACAAGAAGGAAAUAUUUUGUAUUUAGGAUAUUCAAUGGGCAAUACGGCUGGAUACGUUUAUAAUACUAUUUUUCCCGAACAAGCUUCAAAAUACAUAAAAGUAUUCAUUAACCUAGCUCCAGUUAUCUAUACUGAUAAUAUAAAAUCAGUCUUCAAGUAUUUUACUUUCUUAUGGGAAUGGGCACAAUUCCUGACCGAUGGCAAUGCCUUUCAUAAAGACCUUCUAAAACGUGACCGAGUUAGCACAGAAAUAAUGAAGCGCAUUUGUUUACCGUAUCCCAUUCAAAUGAAGCUAUGUUGGCUGGGUAUAAUGCUAUUGACUGGUUUUGAUGUAGAUCAAAUGGAUCCUGAGACAUUGCCGGUAACAACUAUUCAACACACUGACUCAAUACCUGCAAAGAUGGUGACCCAUUUUAUUCAAGGAAUAAGUUCUCAUGGUUUUUACCAUUUCAAUUAUGGUGUGGAAGAAAACAUUAAAUUAUAUGGGAGUGAAACACCACCACCGUAUAAUCUAUCUACUGUCAAAGUGCCUGUGUAUAUAAUUUAUGGAAAUAACGACUGGCUUUCUACUGAGCAGGACGUCUUAAGACUAUAUGCAGAUCUUCCAGAAGCUGCUAAACAACACGGAAUUUACAAAGUCAACUGGACCCACUUCACGCAUACUGAUUUCUUGCUAGCCAAAGAUGCAAAAACAUUAAUUUAUGACCAUUUGAUAAAAUUCCUUGAAAAUUUCAAUUCCUUAUAAAUAUAUCAUACAAUAACAACAUUUAUAUAUCAUAAGGACCAACAGGACUAUGCUUAAAUAAAAAUUAAUU